AACCUCCGCGGUUGGACUCUGUUUAUGAUGGUAGGCGUCCCAAAGAGCGGCUCAUGAAGCAGCGACCCAGACGGGAUUAUCAACAGCACAAACCGCGUAACUAACUAGACUAGAAUUAUUCUGUUUUCGCUUCUUCUCGGACCGCACCGAGGUUUCCAUCCGACCGACGGACCUUUACAUGGCCGCCCUACUUCACCCUCUCAUCUCUGCUUCGGAACUAACGCGAUGACGGAGGGGACCAGCCUCCUCACGUACCGGCACUGGGAGGCGACGUUCAUGGGCCGCAGGAAUUACUAAAAUUGGAGAUGUGAAGUAUCUUUCAUUAGUGAUACUUUUCCAUCUUUUCCUGGAUGGUAGACCAACCUUCACCGCAAUGACCAAAAUGAGAUGAGGCUGAGCCAAUAAAAAUCUCUAUAAAUGUCAUAAGGUCUACCGUAUGCACCAAGACAUGUGGAAACGCUGUAUUAUCAGAUCAUCCAUAUAACCAUAUUACUCUGACAUCAUGAUGCUGGCCUCCUCCAUCACCUCCUGUCUCAGGACUAGAGCGGUCUGACAGACGUUCUGGUCCCCCCGUGGGAAAGAACAGAGCUGGAGCGCGGUGGUCAGCCAUCAUCAUGGAGUACCACGCCGAGUGCUGCUUCUGCGACCCCGAGGAGGGUCACGGCGGCCCGGACGAGCUGCCCCUCCACAGCAUCCACGCACCCAACCGUAUUCGCCCGUCCUCCUACCGAGCCCUGAGGAGCGCCGUGUCCAGCCUGGCCCGCAUCGACGACUUCUUCUGUGAGAAGAUCGGUUCAGGCUUUUUCUCUGAGGUCUUCAAGGUGCAGCAUCGGAUCACGGGGCAGGUGAUGGCGCUGAAGAUGAACACUCUGGCUAGCAACAAAGCUAACAUGCUACGAGAAGUGCAGCUCAUGAACAGGCUUUGUCACCCCAACAUACUAAGGUUUCUAGGGGUUUGUGUACAUGAAGGACAACUCCACGCCCUUACUGAGUAUAUCAAUGGAGGCAACCUGGAGCAGCUGUUGGACAGCGACCUGUACCUGUCGUGGUGCGUCAGAAUGGGUCUGUCUUUGGACAUCUCCCGAGGGCUGCACUACCUGCACAACAAGGGCAUAUUCCACAGGGACCUCACCUCCAAGAAUUGUCUGGUUCGCUGUGAUAACGGCGUGUUUACAGCUGUGGUGGGAGACUUCGGCCUGGCAGAGAAGAUCCCUGAUUACAGUGAUGCUGUGGGGAAGCAGCCUCUGGCCAUCGUGGGCUCCCCCUACUGGAUGGCCCCGGAGGUUCUGAGAGGGGAGCUGUACGAUGAGAAGGUGGAUGUGUUUGCAUUUGGCAUCAUCCUGUGUGAGAUCAUCGCCCGGAUUGAAGCCGACCCUGACUUCUUACCCCGGACAGAGGACUUUGGUCUGGACGUGGAGGCAUUUGAGAACAUGGUUGGCGAUUGUCCGGCUGCGUUCUUGAGCCUCGCGGUCACCUGCUGUAAUAUGAGUGCGGAGAGGCGUCCCUCGUUCUCUGACAUUGUCUUCACAUUGGAAGGCAUGGAGGGAGAAGAACACAAAGAGGCGUCCAUUGCACUUGAGCCAGCGGCGGUACAAGUCAGCCCGUAUCGGCGCCGCAGCUCUCCGUGUCAUCCCGGUGAGCGAAGCUGGCAACGCCAUGGCUUGGCGAGGAGCCAGUCAGACAUGUUACCCUCAGUAACCCUGACCCCUCCUCUCCUCGGGACACCCCCGCGGGUCAACCCCUUCUCUCUGAGACAGGACCUGAAUGGGGGGCGUUGUAAACUUUUAGACACACCCAGCAAGUCGGUCAUCUCCCUGACCUUUACCCUCCCAGCGCUUCAGGACCCAUGUUCCUCCCCCCACCUGCUCCGAAGGAUGCCGGGGGCGCGAGCUUUUCCGAGAAGAUGUCAGUCCCUCCCGUGUACUCCAGAGCUCAGCCGGACUGUAGCCUUGCUACGUUACACUGGAAGGAAGGAGGAGGAAAAGGAGGAGGAGGUCAGGUCGGCACUAACAAGAGGGACGUUUGAAGGUGUGAAGGACGACAUAAGGAAAGGCAAAGAUGUGUCAGAAAGGACAGGUGAACUAAUGGAUAUAACUGAGAAGAGAGACUUGUUAAAGGAUGAGCACAGGACGGGAGAGGACUCAGGGCUUCCUGUGGAGCUGGAGAUGUUGUCUUUGGUGCGGCUGGAGGAAGUGGAGGAAGAGGAGGGUGGAUGCCUAACAGAACCCAUGGACUGUACCAAGUCUCCAGAGCCAGCAGAGGGAGGCAUGGAGUGCUCACCUAGAAGACCCCUGCUCAUCUCCUCAUUUUUACAGACCAAUGGCUGGCGACUUCCCAACUCCAAUGGACCACCCUCCUCGCCAGCUCCACCACAACUGGACAAUGGCUCGGCCCUUGUGAUUGGCCAGCAGGUGCAGUGGGGCAGAGGAGGGUGUGCAAAUGGUUACAGUGAGGCCCAGGAUUCUAGUGGCCACUCUGAGCAGGAUGAGGUCAUUUCCUGUCCAGGCUGCUGUCUGGUAGGUCUGACCUUUCCCUCUGUGUGCCUCCGUGGUUCAGCGGCUGUGCCUGCCCCCCGCCGACGGGCCUCGUUACCACGGCAGCGGCCCUACCGUAACCUCAACGUUACCAUAACCGGCAGCGCCUCCGCAUCAACAACGGCCUCCACGGCAACCAAAGCUCUACUGUGUCACAGUACAAAUGGACUAGCAGUGGGUGGGCCCUCGGUGCCAUGUGGACCCGGUCGGUCCCUGCCGGAGGCCCAGUCAUAGCGGCGGGGGCCGGAAUGGACAAGUUAGCUGUUAGCCAGCUAAUGCUCUCUAUGAGUUAGUAGGUUGACCGUGGCAACAACAUCUUAAUUGUGCUCUGUGGCUACAACGAGGCUCUGACAAAAUGGGCCGAGUGGCUCCACUCACUGGAUUCAACUGUGUCAGCUCCGCUUCUGGAUAAACAAAGGGGGGGACUCACAAGGAAGCUCAAAGUUUAUUACAACCAUUGGCCGCCAUUUCUGUCCGUAAUAAUACCAAUGUGCUGUCCUGGCUAACCGCUGAGAUUUGGGACCAUCCAAUAUGAUAAACAAAGACACCGUGUUAGCAGGACAGUGAAUGCCAUUAUAUUCAGACUGUUCCUACUUCUCAACGUUUAUUUUUUCCUAAUUAGUUAUAAAUUAUGGCCUGAACUACAAAAUAUGAAAUAUCCUUUAAUAUGUAGAUUACAUUUUGUAAACAGCAGUGGGGAAGAAGAUUUUGGAAUUCUUUAUCCCUCCUUAUAAUAAAAAAGGCCCACUACCAAUGGAAACACUGGACUGGUUCUCUGUGGCUGCAGGGACAGAACCAUUUGUAAUAACACUGUUAUUUAAUUGACUAACAGUUGCCUCAGGGGCAAUAUUUAUAACGUGUAUGAAGAAGUUUUACUUCUACGUUUCUAUAGCAGUUGACCUGCAUGUGUGUGUGUGUGUGUGUGUGUGUGAGAGAGAGGGACGCUGAUCACGACGGGGACUUAAAGGAAGGAACUCUUCCUGGGCUUUUCAUGUAAACUCUUCAUUUUUGCACUUUGGUUUCACUUAAUAUUGCUUAAUUUAAAUCCGUGCUCCAAGUGUUAGUACUGUGUGUGUGUGUGUGUGUGUGCUUCUGGCCCUACAAACUACACACCUUCCAUCCUUAGACCUCCACUCCUUCCCACAUGUACCUUGGGUGUUUACAAGUACAUUUUGAUUAUACAGAUGUAACUUAAAAGUGAAGCAGGUAUUUGCAUAUUUAUUGUACAGAUCAUUCCACACACUGUGUGUGUAUGUGCUUUUGAAUGAAAGGUAGACUGACAGAUACAGCAUAACUUUUUCAUCCAUUAUUCUAAUGUUAUUUCUAUGUUCUGUUCUUCUAUACGGCGAGAAACCUGCAGGCAAUAAUCUGGUAAUAAAGAAAUUUGUUUGUGCACAA